AUGCCCCGAGAAAAUCAACCACUCGAUGGUGAUAUGACAAAAUAUUGGACCACUGAUGUCGAUUCUUCUAACGCAGACACCAUCUUCUCCGUUUUCACGGACGCAUUUAAAUUGGCAUGCAGUAAUUUGAUGAGAAACAGGAUAGUUUUUAACGAAAUGAAGUCCAAAAAAUUCGAUGUUGGAAUCUUUGAACCGCAACUUGUCUGUGGUCUCGGGUACAUGCACGCUCUAGGAAUUGAAAAAAUCAUAAUGGCAUCGUUGUAUAUGUUCUUCGACGGUGUUCUUUCUACGAUUGGGGAAUCUAUCGAUUUCAGUUAUGUUCCUGGAAUGUACAGCAAAUGUGGAGAUAAGAUGGGUCUAACUGAAAAAGUGGAAAACUAUCAGAUGACACAAGCAAUAUAUAGAAAAGAUUUUGGAGUUUGGGACAAAGAAACUGAAAUUUACAAAAAAAUAUUUGGGAGAUAGCGUUCCACAUUGGAGAGAUUUAAUGCCAGCUUGCUCAUUGUUCUUCACAAAUUCAAUUCCAUAUGUAGACUUUCCAAGAACUAUUACCCAAAAGACAGUUCCAAUUGGUGGAAUUUCCGUGAAUAUGGAAGAAAUAAAAUCGAAAAGGCUCCCAGUGGAGUGGAGUAAAGUUUUGGAUAAAAGACCACAAACAAUGCUAAUCUCUUUUGGUUCAUUGAUAAUGUGGAUAUGCCUUCACAGUUCAGAGACGAAAUUUUCAAUGCAAUUAAAUCUUUACCAAAUGUAACGCUUAUUUGGAAAUAUGAAACAAAUGAUUUGCAAUGAGCAGAAGAAAUUGAAAAUAUUCAUUUUUCAAAAUGGAUUCCUCAAACCGCAUUACUAAAUGAUGACCGUUUAACAGCAUUCAUGACACAUGGAGGUCUUGGUAGCACAACUGAACUUGCGUAUCUUGGUAAACCAGCAUUAAUGGUACCAGUAUUUGCCGAUCAAAACAGAAAUUCUUUGAUGUUGGCAAGACAUGGAGGAGUUCUUGUAGUCGAAACGAUCUUUGGAAAAGGGAACUUGUGAAAAAUUCCAUUUAUUCAAUUUUGAACGACGAUCAUUUUAAGAAGAACUCUAAAAAACUGGCAGAAAUGUUGAGAAACCAACCAACAAAUCCCAAGGAGACCGUAGUCAAAUACACUGAAUUUGUUGCAAAAUUUGGUCCGUUCCCGGAAAUGGAUCCAUAUGGGAGGACACUUGGAUUCAUUCAAAGAAAUCUUUUAGAUGUAUACCUUGUUAUUAUCUUUCCGUAUAUUUUUGGAAUUCUGUCCAUUUAUCUUGUCGCAUGUUUUUGUUUGAGAAGAUGUGAAAAGUCAGGUAAAAACGAUUG